CUUAGUCUUCCUCUCCGCUGCACCCUCAAGGCUCCUCCCGCGCGCCCCUCGCGAUCCCCGCCGCACCCUUGCAACGUGCUACGGCCCAUCGUCAUCGCCUUCCGCUUGCACACUCUCGCGUAACUUGCCGAAGCGGGGUAAACGGUCACACGAACACUCCUCACCUGAGCAAUUUACUCCUCCCCGCCCUUCCUCUUAAAGCGUCCGUCCGCAACGACGACAAUCUCUUCGCCCUUAUCCGCCCACUCGAUCCUUUGCGCCAACAUACGACUCAAACCCGCGUCCAUCGAGCACAAACCACUUCGUGGACAUAGCGCCCAUCUUUCGAUCCACCCUCCUGAUCGAACGCAUACAAACUACGCGAGUACUCCCACGUUCUCGUCUAACGUCCACCAUAUAUACCUCUACAUCUCGCCCGCCCCGCUUGCGUCGUCUCCUCCCACACACGUCUCGCCAUGGUCGAUCGUCCAUCCACGUCGUCCUCUGCACCGCAAGUGAACGCCGAGCCCCAGACAAGUUCGCAACUACCCCGACCGGCCUCAAUUGAGCACGCGCUGCAUGCACGCAUCGAUGCUUUCACGCCUCUCUGUCCGUCUGCGCGUACGUCCUAUACCCGCGUAGACUUCACUGGAACGGGAGCGAAUACCCCUAGACGGGACUUCACAGGAGAGGUCGAGGGCGGAGACGGGGAGGAACGGGACGAGGAUGCGGGCGAGCAGCUGGCCGAGGAAGCCAUCCCACAAACCCCACAAGUCUCCCUAACAUUUCUCCUGGUCUCGGGCCGUCGCCGGACGAUGUCCUUCGAGCCAGAGACGACCGUUGGACGGGUGAAGGAGCUCGCGUGGAAUACCUGGCCGAGUGACUGGCAAGACGUGCGGCCGCCUGCACCGUCGUACCUCAGGAUCCUCUACCUCGGCAAGAUAUUGCAGGACGAGGACUCGCUUGACAAGCUGUCCUUUCCCACUCAGCUGCCAUCCUCAGCAACAGCAGCCACAAUCGUGCAUUUAUCUAUCAGGCCGUAUGCUCCUCCGGCAGAGGACAUGCCCAAGAAGAAGAGGCGAAACACCGGCGGUCAACCCAGCACCGGGACUGAGGGCGCAGAGGAGCAAAGCGGCGGGUGCUGCAGCGCAUGCAUUAUUUGCUGAGCGUUCCGUGUGCAAGACGGCGACGCGCCAUCUUCCGUCGCUGCUCAUCUUCCGUCCGAGUGCCUUCCGCUUCUGCAAAUUUUGCCCCGACCUGCCCCGGACGACGCCCCUUCCUCCUGCCUGCUCCACCUUGAUUUGGCGCUUUCUUUUUAUCUUUUGCACGGUCAUCUUUAGCUUAGGAUAUACCCCACGGGCCACCGAGGGUACGAGUUCACGCUCUCGGCCCUUAAUAAUUGGACUGUCUUAUGGGCAUCCGACUUUCCUCUUCCGUCCUCCCCACCGUCACGACCUCUUAUGCCUCGUAACGCCUCAUCCUGCCUCCCGCCGCUUCCCUCCAGACAUACAUGCCCAUGCUUCUCGUCGCGUCGACAGCCCUGCGCAGUCCCACACCGAUCCCAUUUCCCGCGACGCCCGACACACUCCCGGAUAGAACGCGCGGUGGCCCCGUAACAUGCUUCAUCUCCCCCGCCGCCCCCGCGUUUUGCUUGGCGUCUCCGCUCCCCCGCCGCAGUCAUGUCUCCCCUGUCGUCAGUGCUUGGAAGCGGCCGGCCACCCCUAUGUCUCACCCCGCCCCCUCCGCGCGCCGCAGCCCGCGGCGCUGCAUGUUCGUCGGAUCCCGGAAUCGUACACUGUCCAUCUGUAUAUUAGCUAGC